UCUUCCGUUUGUUUGCACAGAAAACGGAAGAUAACGGAAGAUAACACUUCCUCCUCCUCCUCUCUCUCUCUCUCUCACUCUCCCUACUCGUUCUCUCAAUCCCUUCUCCGAGAUAUCUCAUAGCUUUCUAGUUGCGGUUUGGGGAAUGAUUGAUAAUAGAAGGAAACAUUUGUCUAACUUAGGCUAAGCUAAUUUCCCUUUAAAUACAUGUGGAGUGUGAAUUCCAUUCUUUGGUAUAGUCAAGGGCUUAUAGUUAGCUUCUGGGUGUCAGGGUGUCAGUGAAUGGGGACUUUGGGUGUAGUGGUUUCAUCAAUGGUGAUGGACUCUCAUUCCAGUCCAUGCUUGUGUUUGGAUGCUCUGCCUUCAUGUAAUCUGAGCGGUGGGGAUUUAGCUUUACAUAGGAAUUCUUCUUCAACAUCACUCUGCAGAAGGCAGAUUAAAACCCCAGGUUCAUUGGAAUUGAGCACUUCAUUUCUGGAUAGGAGGGGGUUGGGUAAAGGGCAAAGGGGAAAUUUCAGCAGUUUGAAGAAGCAGAAGCAGCCAAAGAAGAGGGGCUUUACUGUGGUGAAUGAGUUGGGUGGUCAGUAUGAAGAGACAUUUGAAGAUGUGAAAUCACAAAUUCUCAACUAUUUCACACACAAAGCUGUGAUGACUGUUCUAGACCAGCUUCAGGAAAUGAACCCUCCACAGUAUCAAUGGCUCAAUGGAUUUAUAGAAACAAAUAAGCCUAGAGAUAGGAAGAAUUUCAUUCGCAAUCUUGUAAAGGAAAAACAAGACCUUGCAGAAAGAGUGAUGAUAACACGACUGCACCUCUAUGGCAAAUGGAUAAAGAAAUGCGACCAUGAUGAACUGUAUAACCAAAUAUCUGAUCAGAAUUUGGAGGUGAUGCGUGAACGACUCAUGGAGACAGUGAUUUGGCCAUCAGAUGACACAAAUACAGAGGUGGUUGGGUGAAGGAAUGGGAGCUCUACUGCCAUCACCCAAGUUCUUUCAUGUUUUCAUUUCAUUUCAUUUCUUAUGGCUGUAACUUAAUAGUGUACGUGUGUGAUUAGGAGGAUUUGCUAAACAGUGUUUUAUUUUAUGCUAUAUAACAGUCAUAAGGAAUCUUAGUUUUAAUACCAAAUGGAAAAUUGUGUAUAGAAAUUCCAUGUAUCAGUUUGAUUCUAUUCUUGGAUACAAACUAUACAAAUCUUAUGCCUUAUGAA